AUGACUACUACCCCAAUUCACUCAACUGGCCGUGGAGGCGCCGGCAACAUUGGCCCCGACACCAACGUCUACACUGAUGGAGGCAUGGUUCGCGAGGGCGUUCAAGGCGAAUCUCUCGAUGGAGAUUUUUCCACUGGCCGUGGGGGAGCUGGCAACAUUGGAAAGUCACCUCGCGUUGGGCCGCAGUCUGACGAAGGUCGUCGCUCAGUAGACAUGGUUCCUGAGAUCAAUCAGCGCAACGCGCAAGAGGAGUUCCACACCGGCCGAGGUGGAGCCGGAAACGUCUACAAGGAGAAGCAUGGCGGCCACAGCCAGUCACCCGACCGCAAGGGAUUGGGCGACAAGGUCAAGGAAGUACUUCAUUUGGACAAGAAGAAGGAACAUGAGCCAUCUCCUUUGGCACAGAACACGACUACGAACUAG